AUGAACCAUGUCGAAAACAACAUAAAGAAAAACAUCAAACCGAGCAAUCUUAAAAUAAGAGUCAAGGGUGUCCGGCAGGUAAAAGGUGACAGGCUAUGUUUUAGAAUGGAUACCCACAAGGAAGCCCAAAUUCUUGAAGAUGCCAUCAAAAAGCUUCCGGACAUACCUAAUCAAGUAAACUGUAGAAUCUCUGAGGACAGGAGACCAAGGGUCAUCCUCACGAAUGUGCCAACCUCAGUGGAUGAGGAGGACAUUAUCUCAUACAUAUAUGAUCAGAAUGAAGAACUACAAACGAUAAACAGAGAUGAUUUCACAGAAAACACCAGGAUCAGCACAGUUUUAUUCAGAAGUAAUAAUAAAGAAAACUGUAGACAUAUUGUCCUCUCCACCUCUCCAAGUAUAAGAAAUGUUUUAGUCCGCACUAAACACAUUGCCCUUCAAUGGGCUAAAAUCUAUAUCAAUGACUACAUACCCCUAGUUCGGUGCUAUCAAUGCUGUGGCUACAACCACCUCUCAGUUAAUUGCCCAGCAAAACAAAAAUGUAGCCACUGUGGUAAAGGGCACAGAUUCGUAGAAUGCAGAAGGCUAGAUCAUCCUCCCAAUUGUGCUAAUUGCAAGAUGGCAAACAAAGAUCUUCCAGAUCAAGAAAAGUAUCCAACCUAUCACAAUGCUUUUAACCCGAACUGUCCCAUCACCAUCAAGAUGAAAGCCCUCACCAUCCGUCAAACCAACUAUGGGGUAUAA